GUUAGGAAUUUGGCUCAAACACCCAACAACAAUGCUGUGUCAAUAUUAGAAUAAGUCUAGUUUAGUUAGUGCACAUAAAUUAUCCAAGUGACAAGUUGAUGUUUCAACGUUAAACAAUAUUUAAUUACGACGUCCUCUGGAAUUAUACAAGAAGAAACGAAUUAUGAGUGGAGUUGCGAAACGUACGGGCUCCAGGCAUGUCUUGGUUGUGUUGACGCUAUGCAUUGUGUGGUACAUAAUUUCGUCCAGCAACAAUGUAAUUGGGAAAAUGGUGCUAAACGAAUUUCCGUUUCCAAUGACGGUGACAAUGGUCCAACUCUGCAGCAUCACAUUGUAUAGUGGUCCAUUCUUCAAUUUGUGGAAAAUAAGAAAAUACCAAGAACUACCCAGAGGAUACUACCUAAAGUUGAUUAUUCCCCUGGCAUUUGGUAAAUUUCUGGCCUCGGUGACGUCUCACAUUUCUUUGUGGAAAGUUCCUGUUUCUUAUGCUCAUACAGUUAAAGCCACAAUGCCACUGUUCACGGUAAUACUUUCGCGCUUGCUAUUCAAAGAAAGGCAAUCAACAAUGAUAUAUCUGAGUUUAAUACCAAUUAUAACGGGAGUCGGAAUUGCUACUUUGACGGAAAUCUCAUUUGAUAUGUUGGGUUUAAUAUCGGCAUUAGUAUCGACUAUGGGUUUCUCACUGCAAAAUAUAUUUUCGAAAAAGGUUCUCAAGGACACAGGAAUACAUCAUUUGCGUUUGUUACAUUUGCUUGGCAAAUUGGCAUUAGUUAUGUUCCUACCCAUUUGGCUCUAUAUGGACAGUUUCAAAGUCAUUCAACAUCCUGCUAUUACUAAUUUGGAUUAUCGAGUGAUCGCAUUACUUUUUGCUGAUGGUGUUUUGAAUUGGCUUCAGAAUAUAAUUGCAUUUUCAGUUUUGUCAUUGGUGACACCUCUAACGUAUGCAGUUGCAAGUGCAUCAAAACGGAUAUUUGUGAUAGCUGUGUCACUGAUUAUUUUGGGAAAUCCAGUAACGUGGGUGAAUUGCUUUGGCAUGGGCCUGGCCAUUGUAGGCGUAUUAUGUUAUAACAGGGCAAAGCAGGUAACAAAAGAGAAACCUAUAAUACCAACUACAACGAAGAGUAGUAUCAAUUAUACCCCCUUACAAAACACAGUGGAUCCUUAUUAUCGAGGUUCUGCUUUAACAAAUUACAAGACAACGAAUGGUUACAAUUCAAGCACCACAAAUAGUCUCUUAGCCAACGGAAGCGGGAUACCCAAUGGAAGUACAACUCGACUUUUAUUUGUUUAGUUUAAUAAAAUUUUAAUGAUGAUUUU